UCUUCUUGAUAGGAAAUGACCUAUGAAGCUUUUACUUCCUGUAAAUCGUGGCCAACUCGACGUGGAUGAUAAAUGCAGAGUAAAGUAGAGACGGCGAAACCAUAAACAAGGCUGUAAAGCCUGACGUCUCUUAGCUGCUAUGUAGAGCAGGAAGGAUUUUCCCUCUCCGCCGUCCUCUUUUUCCGAUUGAACAUGACGAUAUACGUGACUGCAGGUACGAAAAGGCAGGGACGUGUCCAAACAUGGGUGGAGUAUGCAGGUAAAGGCACUUCGGAGAGCCCCUUCGUGAGAGAAACAACUUCAUAAGACAAGCUACUGCGAGUCAGACGCAUAUACUUCACCGAUUCUACUGCUAAUGAAGGAGACGAGUCUUCCAGCCAUGGAAACACACACAAAAAACCACAGGCCUACCAACGGCCAGUUGAUUUCUGUGCCUCACAAGGAUACAAUCCGUCUGCUGGAGGUGUACGUCAAGCGCAGCCUCAGCCUAAAUGAUGGGUCCCUGGGACACAACAAGACUGGGAGGAAAGAAAAGUGGGUGACAAAGCCAAAUAGGCAAAGACGACAUUCCAGUGACCCAUCUCUUUCCUUGGCUGAGGGAUUAAAGGAUGAGGAUAUUGCUACAUUUACUGAGGUCGAGCCUCCCCCGAAUCAUUCUGCCACACUUCACGAAGAAUCCGAAAAACCCACCAGAAAAUCCAAGAAGAACAAGAAGACUUCGUUUUGGAAAAGCUUGUUUGGUGUUUUCAAUCGGAAGAGUAAUGAUGAGAAAAGUGAAGAGGAGGAUGGUCCAUCAGAGAUUCCCGAGGUCUCCCACGCAGAAGAGGCCUCUGAAACCCCGAUCAUGUGCCUGCCAACAACCCCAGCUACUUUACAAAAAAGAAAGUCUACGAGAAGAAAAUCCAUAAAGAGGAGCCUCUCCAAAAAGCGGAUAUCUGUGAUAAGACCACAUAAACAUAGUAAAGAUCUCAACCCUACUGACAUCACCCGAGUUGAAGCCAUUGUCAGCGUAGAACCAACGUACUCUUACUAUGAGAAAGUUUCAGAGGAACUGGAAAAAAUUGUUCAUGAGCUCCAAGAGAAGGAGGAAGUUGAACUUCUGUCUGAUGAGGAGGUCAUCAACAGGAUCAUAGCUUUGACAAAGGAACAGGGUGAUGCCAUAGAUGACAAGCUGAGGGAUAAUCCCACCCUGAGCAGCUUCUUCCAGCGGAUGUCGUACUCUUCCUUUCAGAAGUUGGCUGAUGCGUAUGUGGGGAAAGAAGUAUCGCCAAUCCACGAUCCUCCCACUGUCCUGCCCACUGCACCUGAGCUGGUCAAGCUGGCCUUUACAUACGACUUUACGGCCAAGAUAGCCAGGCUCUCCAAACAGAAUGUAGGUCACAUUACUGGCCUGGGGAACCGCUAUCUACAGGAUCGAUUUGAAUACACACAGGCGUGUACAGACCACCCAGUGUCCGACAGUGACAGCUGAGGGACAGCCAUGCCGAAACAAAACCAUUGCUGCAAGCGAAAUGUUUACUCUUCGACUUCUCUCAACAGCACAGAUGUAGCAAAGCAUGUGUUGCAAGCGUGAACUCCCCUUUUUGUAACAACACAAUAGACUACUUGAAAGCUAAUGUUGUUAAGAGCUAAUCAUUGCCAAUUGCGUUUGAAUUAUAUGGUUUUUGAUCGAAUGCUUGCAAAGCUCUGCUGCAACAGGAUGUUUGCAGGGAAACUAGUUGAAUGGCUUUGGUAGAUCUGAGUGUGUGCGCAAGUGUGUGCCUUAUUGACUGCUUUCCUUCAAAUGGAAGGACAACCAUGCUCUUUUUACAAAUCCACCACAGAAUUUGGUGCUUUUUGUACAUUCAUUUAUAAUGUUACAAAAGAGCAGUGCAAUAGCUUUUAAUAAGCCAGACAACUCUGUGCAAUAUUGGUUGGACCGACCAGGAGAAAGAGCGGGUCGUCCAAUUAUUGUGAAAUCGAUGCUUCAGUCACUUACCUCUGCAGCCUAUAUGUUAAAGUGUCCUUGGGGAAGACACUGAACAGUGAAUGGUUUUUGCUCCUGAUGAGGUGGUGGCACCUUGCAUGGCAUCUUCUGCCUCCAGCAUAUAGAUGUGAGUGGAUGAAUGCUGAGUGGUGUUGUAAGGUGCUUUGAGUGGUCAGUCAGACUACAUCGAUCAGCCACAAUAUUGAAAACACCUAAUGGGGGCUUAACACAAAUGUGACAUAAUUGCUGGUUCUUGAUGUGAAUGCUGGCAUUCAUAUUAAUUCUCAAAUAAAAGAUAUUUAAUGUAUUAAUACUCAAA